GCACAGAAGGAGGCAGAGAAUGAGAAGCUGGCUGAUCAACUAGCACAGAAGGAGGCAGAGAAUGCGCAGCUGGCUGAAGACCUCGCACAGAAGGAAGCAGAGAAUGAGAAGCUGGCUGAUGAACUGGCACAGAAGGAGGCAGAGAUCGAGAAGCUGGCUUCUGAAGACCUCACGCAGAAGGAGGUAGAGCUCGAGAAGCUAGCUGAUCAACUAGCACAGAAGGAGGCAGAGAAUGAGAAGCUGGCCGAAGACCUCGCACAGAAGGAGGUAGAGCUCGAGAAACUGGCUGAUCAA